GUGGAUGCAUUAAAGAAGUCAAGGGAUCCUGUAGAACUUCAACGUCUGCGCGGCAUUUUUUUUGUCUGGACAACAAAAAUGUCGUUCUUCAAAGUUGGCAAUUCCUUAGCGAGCAUCGCAUCUUCGUCAAAGUCAUCACAUUGCCUUUCUGCGAUACGCUCUACAGCAGCACUACACACAUCUGCAGUUCGUCUCGCCGAGUCUCAAAAACAACGCACCGCACGUCUUGUCCGGAGAACAAAUAUCGAAAAGAAGGCGGAGAGAGCUCGUACCUACGCCGAGAAUAGACCUCAUCCCGUUCUGGGAACACGCCCAGGAGAGGAGGAAAAGAAAUGGCGAAAAAGCGACCUCGCAAAAAUACUCGUUACAUCCGAGGAACUUGGAUCCCUUGCGCCCACUCCACUAACGGGGAACGACACUGAAAUCAAUUUGCCCGAGCAUACAAGCUAUGGUAUGGAUGGACUCGACGGCGUAGAGAAUCGAAAGGGACAGCUUGAAUUCUUCUUCAAGCACUUGCCCGACACCUCUUUGGUUGCCGAAGUUGAGCAAGUUGAUCCAGACCUUCAAGAUCGACUUAAGGCCAACAUCGGUAACCCUGAGAAUCUAAGCAUCGAGGACCAGAGGCAUUUGGCUGAAUUUCGCCAGAAGGAGAUGGAAAAGGCUCGACAAUUGGCACGUAUUGUGGAUUUGAGGAAUGCGAAUGCUCGAGGGAUUGCAUUUGAGAAUCGUAGACGAAUUAUCGCGGCUUUCUCACCAACGCAAAACGCAAAUGAUUCUGGCUAUCCCGAGGUGCAGGUUGCUCUCUUGACAAUGAAAAUUCGUAAUCUUUGGAGCCAUCUCAUGGAACGUAAGAAAGACGUCCAUUCACGUCGUUCUCUGCGAUUACUGGUACACCAGAGGGCGAAGAUGCUGAAGUAUAUCAAGCAUAUGGACCGCGAUCGGUAUGAUACCAUCCUUCAGCGAGUCGGCCUCGAGGCAGAAGCUGUAGAGGGUGAAGUCGUCGUAUAACUGAGAAUACAUUGCUACGUCCUUUCCUGUGAUAACGCAAAUUCUUUUAGAUCGUCCUUGGUAUUCUAAUGAAAG